AGAAGACUGACAGUGGAGGAAUUUACCUCAACGCGUGUUCUCGCCAAACUGGCAAAGUUCUGAAAGUAAUUCAUCAGAACUCCGAAUCGAUUAUCGUAGUAGAAACUUUUCGAAUAUUCAGUUCUUGGGUACCAUGAAGUUCACUUUGGCAAAGUUUGCGGUAGAAUGGGAAUAUUCAGAAUGACCAACUCGAACAGAAAGUCCUGAACAUAUGAAACUCAUCUAUCCAGAAGCAAAUCGAGCAAAAUAUAAUGGUGUAGAAACAAACCUACAACUCAAUGUCAGUAUGAGUGAAGGAACAUAGAAAAUAAACUCAGAUAUCCGUUCGACCCAUUCCCGAGAAUAAUAUGAACGGUUCCUAUUCCGAAGAAGAGAACUUCAGAACGAAUGUUAGUUUGGAGCAGUGUAAAGUUCAAUACGAGAAUGAAACUAUCCAAUAUUCCCAACUAUACCCGGAGGGAUUCUGCCCUGUAAUAUCUGAUAGUGUGUUGUGCUGGCCUCCUACACCCCUCAAUGAAACUGCCACCAUUAAGUGUUUUUCUGAACUUUUCAACAUCAAGUAUGAUGACACCCAAAAUGCCACCAGAGAAUGCUCAUGGAACGGAACGUGGUCAAAGUCGAAUUAUUCAUCGUGCAAAGAGAUUAUUGCAUUAUCUGCGGACGUCGAAACACAGACCACAAUCUAUUUCGUUGGAUACACAUUGAGCCUAAUUACACUGGUAAUAGCAAUGGCAAUUUUCACGUACUUCAAGGAACUUCGUUGUUUACGAAAUACGAUUCACAUGAACUUGAUGUGGUCCUAUGUGCUGACAUACUGUAUGUGGAUUUUAACUUUAAUAUCCCUCAAUUUUGGAAGUAAUGUUUCCAUCACUUGCGUGCUCAUAGUGACACUCCUCCAUUAUUUUCAUAUCACCACGUUCUUCUGGAUGUUUGUCGAGGGACUUUACCUCUACAUUCUCGUUGUGGAAACAUUAACAAGAGAGAACUUCAAACUGAGAGUAUAUGUCUGUAUUGGAUGGGGUCUUCCAAUGGUUUUCAUAGUGGUGUGGGCAAUAGUGAAAAGCUUUCUUCCAGUCUCAGGUGAUCCUGCUAAUACAGAAUGUCUCGCAUCGAUAGUUAUUCCAAUUUAA